GGUGUUGAGGAGAGAAAACAAAUGUAAGUUUAUAGUGUUAUAUGAUAAAUAUAUUUUCUUUCUCUUUUUCUGUUGUACCAAAAUAUUUUUUUCUAUAAAGUAUGUGCAAGCAUCUCUUCAGUUUAUUCUUUAUACAUUGUUCUUAUAUUCCUUUGCUUUCACGUCCCUUUCAAAAUUUACAUUUAUAGAACUGUGUAGUGAAAUCUCGUGUAAUACGUGCACACAAGCAAUUAUGCCAGAAAAAGAUAGAAUGAGCAAUUUUUCAUGACUGUAUUAGUAGUAAUUUAAUGAAUUAGUCUAUAAUUAAAUGUUUGUAAUAAAAUAAUUAUAAUGUUGAUAGUAUUUAGAAUAAGAUAUAAAAACAAACCACGAAAGAGUUAUAUAGGGAUCUGGUUGACCCGUGUGAGAUACAUGAUACAUGAUGUAUAACUAUAUUUCGCUAUAUGUGUUUAUGAUUUGUACAGAAUGAUACAAGAUGGAUUCAAUACUGUCAGAAAUGUCAAAAUUUCUCGAAGUUAGAGAAGAGACCGUAACUACCUUGAAGAAAAUAAAAUCUGAAAUUGAUGAAGUCGGUAAGAAUGCUAGUAAUACAAAUCUGGCCACAAAGGUGGUGUCUCUUGGUGCUGGCAUAACGUCUGUUGUUUGUAUGGUUGCAGCACCAUUUACCGCAGGAGCAAGUGCACCUGUAGCUGCGGGGAUGGCUGUGUUAAGUGGAACAAGUGCUGCCGCUUCUAUUGGUGUUACGGUUGUUAAACAUAUCAAAGAAUCUGGUCUCACGAAAACUGCAUCUGAAGUAAUUAAAAAAGAUCAACGAGCUAAAGAAAGAUUGCAAGAAGUCGCUAAAUCUAUUAGAGAACUAGCAUCAAUUUCAAAUAAUACUAUUCAAUUUUUAGAAAAAGCUGCACAGAUCGGAUUAACAACUACGAAAGAAAUAGAUGCAGUACUCAAACUAGCUGGAACCGCAAAGGCAACAGAGAUUGCGACAAAGACCGCACAAAUUUUUGAAAAAGCUAGUAAAAUCGCAAAAAUCGCCGGUCCAGUUCUUGUUUUUGUAAGCAUUCCUCUUGACAUAAUGGGCAUCAUUGUUGAUCUGCUCGAAAGAGGAAAUGUAUCUGAAGCAAGUAAACAAAUUCAAAAGAAUAUACAGGAAUUGCAAAACGAAUAUAAGACUGUGAGAAGCGAGUACAAUGAAAUAAAGUCUGUUUUAAAUAUCUGAAACGAAUAAAUUUCAUUUUAAAAACAAACCUUUUUUCCAAAAGGUGAUGGGGAAAAAUUUCUUAUAUCUAAAUAUUGAUGCAAUGUAUAUUGGAAUUUAUAUCUAUAUUUACAUUUAUUUAUUUUCGUUCUAUAUUUUAUAUACAAAAUAGAAAUUGUGUAUAGGUUUAUUAAAUUGUAUUUUAUUUGAAUCCUUACAUCUCAAUAUUCUUCUUAAUAUUUUUUUGACCAUUUUUGACAAUUUUUAAACUCGAAUAUGAUUUCUUUUUAAUUCGGUGCUAGGUGCAUGUACGGAAGCUUGUAUUUUCCAGUACCGUCCAUGAACUCCAUCAAACCGAGUGUGCAGCAUUGCAUUUGACAUAUUGGACGUUCUUAUGGGAUUUUUUUUCUUCAUUCUAUAUGUGAAAAAAGCAAAUAGACAAUUGAGAAGAAUAUGUUUAGCAGAAACAUUGUCAUUGGCUUUUGUAGUGUUGAUAUAAUGAUAAUAUAUUGUAACAUAGAAUACCACAUCUGCUAGUAUGCUAAUUAGUUAAUUAUCUUAUUAUGUUAAUUGAUAAUUAAAUCAUAAAAACUAUGGACUACUGUUAAAACUUUUAUAUCUGAACACAUGUACAGUUUAAAUUGUUUA